ACCCAUGGAGUACGUCAGCACGCGGGGAGGAGCAGGGGCCGUUGACUUUGAGGGAGCCCUCUUCUCCGGCUACGCACCCGACGGAGGCCUCUUCAUGCCCCAGCACAUCCCCUCGGUGGACGGGGACACCCUGAGGAGGUGGAGCUGCCUCUCCUACCGGGAGCUGGUGAAGGAGCUGUGCUCCCUCUUCAUCACGGCCGAGCUGGUCCCGCGGAGCACGCUCAAUGACCUGAUCGACAGGGCCUUCAGCAGGUUCAGACACAAGGACGUCAUCCAUCUGUCCAGGCUGAAAGAUGGGCUGAAUGUUUUGGAGCUGUGGCACGGGGUUACUUACGCUUUUAAGGAUCUGUCCUUGUCCUGCACGGGGCAGUUUUUACAGUACUUCUUGGAGAAAAGGCAGAAGCAUGUCACUAUUCUGGUGGGGACUUCAGGGGACACAGGGAGUUCAGCUAUUGAGAGCGUGAGAGGGCAGAAGAACAUGGACAUCUUUGUUCUGCUGCCCAAGGGGUACUGCACCCAGAUACAGGAACUUCAGAUGACCACCGUCAUUGAAGACAACGUCCACGUCUUUGCUGCUCAUGGGAACAGUGAUGAAAUCGAUGAGCCGAUCAAGGAACUGUUCGCUGAUGUUGAUUUUGCCAGAAAAUACAAUCUGAUGAGCUUGAAUUCGGUCAAUUGGUCUAGGAUUAUGGUGCAGAUUGCUCACCACUUCUACGCUUACUUCCAGUGUGCCCCGUCCCUGGAUACCACCCCACUGCCAGUGGUGGAAAUUGUUGUGCCAACAGGAGGAGGAGGAAAUAUCACAGCUGGUUGUAUUGCCCAGAAAAUGGGUCUCCCGAUUCGACUCGUUGCUGUGGUUAACAGCAAUGACAUCAUUCAUAGGACUGUUCAACAUGGAGACUUCUCACUGUCAGAGAGCGUGAAGGCUACAUUAGCAUCAGCCAUGGAUAUUCAGGAGCCCUACAACGUGGAGAGGAUCCUCUGGCUGCUCUCAGGCUCCGACAGCAGCCUGAUGAAAACGCUUAUGGAGCAAUUCAGCAUGUCGAAAAGCCUUAAACUGCCGGAGGAUUUGCAUAGAAAGCUCUCCAAAACCCUGCGAUCAUGCUCGGCCUCUGAUGAGGACAUCGUGCAAGCGAUGCAACGCUGCUGGGAGGAAAACCGCUACCUGCUGUGCCCUCACUCUGCUGUGGCUGCUCACUACCACUACUCGCAGCCCGACAGCACGCCCCGGUGUUGCUUAGCUCCGGCCUCUGCAGCCAAAUUUCAGGAUGCCCUGCUCCGAGCUGGCCUGGUUCCCCAGCUCCCUCCUGAAAUCACUGCCUUAACAGCAAUGAAGACGAGGUCCACCCCCCUGGAGCGGGGGCAGGACUGGGCAAAGGUGCUCCGGGAGCAGAUUGAAGUCAUGGCACAGCGGCGGGAGGCAAGGGGGGGUCCGUCGGCCACCCCGGGACAACAUGGGGUCACCAGGCAGGGAGUCACACAGACCUGA